CUUCCGUAACCAAAAAAAAAAACUGCCAGCCCCGGGUUGUGGAGUGAUGUUGUACCGGCAACACUAUUGGGUGUGUGGACUGAAGUCGAAACGAUUAUGGAAAAACACACGUACUCGGAAGGACAGGCGCAGCGGGUGUCGCAUCCUAUGUAUCCGGAUCCUAACAUGCUGGGCAUGGCGAGCGGCAGCUUUCCGGGUGCCCGAUCAUACGUUUCGGCCAGUAAUGAGAUGCUCGGUUCAGUACCAGUCCCAGGCGGAUUUUGGCCCAGUCAAGACAUUAAAACAAAACAUGGAGGACGAGGGCGUGUGGACGGAGUCGUACGCCAAAGCCGCGGCGAUGCGCAGCGACCUGCAGGACAAACUGAAGGUGUUCGGCGACAGCGCUUGUAUGGACGCCUGCAAGAAAAAGGUGGAUUUGAUCCGCAGGAAGAGAGCCAGGAAUCGUCGUAAGAAACGCGAGUCUUGCGAGGAAAUAAAAGAAAAAGAGGCAAGAGCUUCUGAGAAGGACGCCGCUAUAGAAAAGUGGCGGAUGAAACGUAUCCAACAAGUGGAAGAGAAGAAAAGGGAGCUUGAGCUGCGGCAGGCGGCGGACAGCGUGCUGUCAGAGGUGAGGAAGAAGCAGGCGGACGCCAAGAGGAUGACGGACGUCCUGCGCUCGCUGGAGAAACUGCGCAGGCUCAGGAAGGAGGCGGCCGCUAAGAAAGGCGUUCACCCGGAAAAGGAGGCGGACGAGGUGUUCGAAGGCCACCUGGAGCGCCUGAGGAGGCUGAUCCGCAAGCGUACGGCUGUGUACGCGGCAGAGGAAAAGGCACUCCGUGUCAUGCUGGAGGGAGAGCGAGAGGAGGAGCGGAAACGGGAGCAGGAGAGGAAGCACCGGAAGGAGAGGGAGAAGCAGCUGCAGAGGAGGCGGGAGGUGGAGUGUGUGCUCUUCGGAGAUGAAAUGCCUUCUGACCACCCGCUGCAGCCCUACAGGCAGUAUUACUUACAGGCAGAGACCUCCCUGCACGCCCUCAUACAGACGAGGAGGGCGUGGGAUCAGUACCUGGUGCCGUCGGAUGUCCCUGAGGGCAGCUUCAUCCCUCAGAGCUGGGUUCUCCCUGAGCUGCCCUCAGAUGAGGUGUGGAGCACCGCCUUGGAUAAGCAGAACACCGGGGGUGACUGACACCCCGGCACACAGCCUCGUUCGGCCCCCGUCCCACAGUCUCUGCUGGUGGUGCUCACUGGUCCCUCUGGAACAAGGACAGAUUGUUGAUCAGCAAUUUGACCUUUUGAUCAGUUUACCUCUGGGCUUCAUGUUACUUAUGACAUGCAUGUUUGCCCCAGGCAUGUCUGAUAUUUAAAAAAAAGAAAAAUGGAAAAAAAAAGAUGAAUAGAUGCUGAAGUAUUUAUUUUCAUAAAUAAAAACUAUAUUUUUUUAAUUUGCUGAAAAUACCGUCAAAAUCUGUGUUUUAUUUUAUUGCACAAUGUUUGGUAACCAUUAUUACUAUAAUAUUCUUCCAAACCUGAAUUUCCUGAUAGUUUACAUUUUUACAUGGAUUAAAAUGGCACCUAUUUCUGUUAUAAGUGUAGCAAGCAAAGGGAGAAAAAAAAAUCCUGUGUGCAUUGGUGUUGGAUCUAAGAACAUGCGAGUUUUAAAAACCCAAAUUGUGAA